CUUUCUCAUUCUCUGCCUUCACGAGGCGCUUACUGCCCUCUUGGCUUGCGGCCAGGGGAGCCGAACGCCACCGCGGGCUACUACAAGCUGCCCCUCGGAGAUCCGCUCCUGAUCAUGCAGUGUGACGCCGGCGACUGCGUCGGCGACAACGAGUGCAGCGAGCACCAAACGGGCAUCCUGUGCAUGCAAUGCGAGCCAGGCUAUUCUCGGGGCCGCGGCAAGUGCACCGAGUGCGGAGACGCGAUGUGGAAUGCACUCGGGAUCUUCCUCACAUUCUGCAUGUACGCGCUGUACAUCAAGCUGCUCGUAAUGGCGACCCUCCACGGGUCCGGGAGGGAGUUCAAGGCCCUGCAUUCGGUCAUCCUCAAGAUCUGCGUCAACUACGCCAUGUUCGCGGGCAUUGCCUUUGCGGCCACAGACUUCCAGGGCAUGGUUGACACCAUCUACGGCGAGCAUGCGGCAGCCCUGCUGUCCCUGGCGUAUGCCACCGAGUACGUCUCUAAUCCGAUGGCUGCCAUGGGGACCCUCGACUGCCUGCUCAGGGGCACUGGCGUGCGCAUGUACCAGGCGUCGGUGCUGGCUGGGCUCGUGCUGAUGCCGAUGGCCUUCUUCCUGAAGGUGACCUCCGACCUCGGCGUGAAGUGCCUGAGCAAGCGCUGCGCGGCCUGCCUGGGCGGCCUGCGCAGGCGCCUGCGGAAGCGCCGCGAGCUGCGCGCCGCCCAGGCGGCCAGCCAGAGAGGCGGAGGCGCGUCGCCGGUGAGUUCCACCCGCAGCCCGAGGCUACGCACUACCAACAACACCUCCCCAGCCAUGACGGCGAUAUCCGGGAAGACGAAGUCCACGAAGGAGGUCGCGAAAAAGGUCGGCUUGAAAAUCAUGAAUUCUUUUGUUGUGAUGAGUUUCAUCCUCCAUGCGCUCGUCACACGGAUGUUGGUGUCGGGCCUGCAAUGCCAGCAGUAUGACGUCCUUCGUCAGGUGUAUGACGUGGACGUGACUUGUUCGUCUGACGAUUGGAUGGCCUGGGCGUAUUGGAGUAUCGGCGGAAUCAUCGCCUAUGGUUUUGGCACGCCGAUAAUAUUGUUCUUGGCGCUCUACAGGAAACGCAACAAACUAUUGACGCGUGAAGUCAGGGAGGCGUACGGUUUCCUCUACAAUGGUUUCGAGUUGAAGUAUUGGUAUUUUGAGCCUGUCUACAUGUUUCGAAAGGUUGCUGUAGCGCUGGUCUUUGCGUUUCCCAGCCCCUGGGGCCGUGUCCUGAUGUUGUUGUUUUUAUCUUGGGGAUUCAUCCUCGUGCACCUCAAGACCAGGCCGUUCGACAAUCGCAGCUACAGUUGUUUCGACCGAUUGGACCUCAUCAGCUUAGUUGCAUUCACAGCGACGUUGACCUCACGAUUGAUAUUCGAUAUACGCGAAGAAUUCAGGGUCCAGUAUCUCUAUGACCAGUUAUUCAAGAACACAGUCACGGACGCGCUGUUGGUGGGCAUUCCCGUUUUGUGCAAUGCUUGGUUCCUGGCGUUCGCGAUGUGGUCGCUGUUUCGCAACAUUGUGUUGCAGUAUUUGUCGCUGAAGCAAGACGUUGUUGGCGCCAGCGAGAUGACGGUGCUGGAGAAUGCACUCCUAAAGCUUGAGAGCUGCAAGAACCAUGCCAAGUUCGAGCAGAAGGACGGGAGCUUGCUCAUACACAUCGAAGAAUUGAACAAGAAGGAAAAGAACUAUCUUCUUGAGGCUCUGAGCGAGACGACGCACAGGCACAUGCUCAGCGCCAAGGAGAGCGAGGACGCGAAGGAGCGAACGAAGAAGGUCUUCCGGCCAGACGAAUUGUCGGCGAUUCUGCGGGAAGCUUUGUACCAGUGCGAGCUGGAGCGCCUGAGAAAGAAGAAGCGGCUACAGGACUUGCAAGACGAGCUCGACAUCAGUGGGGGGGGGGUGAUCGCGCGGUGCAGGCACGUCAAGGGGUGUCUCAUGCUGGUGCUCUACGGGUCUCGGUGCAACCACCGGGGCUCCCGUAACUUCACUAAGCCCACGGCAUUCUCCGAGAUGUUGGAGCUGGCGGCGGAGCUCAAGUGCGGUGGCUGCCUCAGCCGCGGCGCGGCGGAGAAGCAUCAGGCGAGCCAGACCAAGAGUCAUGGGGCCCUGGGGCGGGACGCGCAGGACGAAGGUUCCUUUCCCGUGGAGGACUUCUACGACUCUCUCGCCCAGCUCUGGCAGAAGGUUUCUGACGGGCGCUGGAGGCCGAGGCAGGAUCGAUCCCCGCGUCGCUGUGGGCCGGUCACGCCAGGCACUCUGGACGACAGGAUUUGGGACGCGGAGGCCCAGGGCCCGGCCCCGAGGGCGGCGGGCGGCAGGCUGACGCCGGGGCUGUUCAGCCCGGGCCGCGACACGAUCUCGAUCUCGCUGGGCACCGGGAAUUGCGGCGGCGAUCUGAUGUCGCCCACGGUGGCCUCAAGGUCCACAUCGCUGGGCCUCCAGAGGUUCUCCCCAGAGGCCAGCCAGCUCCCCGCCAGAAGCGCGGAGGCAGCGGCGGCCAGAUGUGACAGCGACGAGGAGGACAGCGAUUUCGAAGUGUUCUCCAGCUUCGACAGCGACGAGCUGGCGUCCAACGGCGCGUCGGCUGGCGGCAGGCCAGCCUUGCCCGUGCUUCUCAGGAACCACAGAAACGCUGGACGCCGAGGGAGCCUUGGACCCGGAGGCGCCGCCGCGAAGCAGGGCGAGUCCGCGGCCCUGGCCAGCUCGCCGUGGGCCGCCGCGAUGAGUCGGACCUCUGCGGCCGGGACGCCGCCGGCCGCGGCGCGCGGCGCGGCCUCGUCGUGGGCGCCGGCGCCGUCUUCCCUGGCUGUGCUGGCCGCGGCGCGUCGCGCGGCCCCCCCGCGGGGCCCCGCGUUGCAGCCGGCGGACCCCUCCUCGUGGGCCUCUGCCAUGAGGCCGGCCAGCUCCACCAGCUGGAACAGGUCGUCGAGCACCAACACAACGGUGACGUCGGUGGACUCGCUGAUCCAGGUGGACGCCCUCUGAGAGCGCCGUCCACGGGAUCUCGCUUGCAACCUUGCCAUAGCACUGUGGAGGCAUGCGCAGAGGAGAUCAUCCUGUUGAGGGCCAGGCGCCAGACCCUGGCGCGAUCCUUCCUCCUCUGUCGAAACGAGGAGUGCAGCCUGCAACGUUCCCACGAUCGGCCAUCCAUUCGUUGCGAGACAUGGAUUUCGCACCCUUAGAGCCCUUUUCAAAUGCCCCGCAGGAAGGAUUUCAAUAGCUUCGGAUUGUGCACGGUCCAUUUCGUCACACUGGCGGUGGGAUUGAGUAUGCGCUAGAGGUGGAGGUGGGGACGCAGAGGGUAUGCUGACGCUUUGCAGCUACAGCCACACACAAGUAGUGGCUCUGUUUGAACAUUCUGUUUUGUUGCCAAGAUGUGCACGAUGCACACAUUCCUGCAAGCUUACAAUUGCGAUGAGCUCAUCAGUUGCGCCCACGCAAGACUGCGCGCGCAGCGCUUCGCUCGCAGCGCCGCGACUCCGUUGGUACGCUACGAGCUAGUUGCUGUCCGAGUGCUCUAAUACAAGCAGUCGAUCUGUUGCUGGAGAAAUCUCUCUGCUUCGUCAUUGUGAGGCGAGCAGCGGGAGGUGCGUCGGCUAGAUUCGGCACGCCAGGCGCUGCAUUGGCGAGGAUCUCCUAGUACAGCUCGUGGAGUACCUAGACGUCGCGGCCUGCGGACCGAUUCUCAAUACAUCAACUUGGUCUCCUCAUGCUUCUACUCCCCUUCCUCCUCCCACUUGUCUCCUCCUCCUCCUCCUCCUCCUCGUCCUCCG